CAUCGCUACCCGCACUAUAGACACUGAGGGAGGUUUCACGAUGGGCACCAGCCUCCUGAUCAUCAUCACCGCAUCUUUGGCGCUGUGUCAAGGGCUGAGUAUCCUGGACAGCUGUCUGGACGAGCCGGGUGGUUGUCCCGCUAACGCUUUGUGUAAAAAGUUCGGUUGUCGUAAUGAAGUAUGCAUCUGUAACGUCGGCUACAAGCCCAGCCCGGGGGGUGCGGAGUGUCUGAGAGUGCGAAACCUCGGCGACACGUGCGGCGACGCCGGCAGCGUGUGUGCUGCCGGUUCCUGCAUCGGCAACACGUGUACCUGUGACCUUGGAAAGUACCCCUCCGACAACGGGAAACGCUGCAAGCCGGAACCCCUGGCCGGGAGGGUGUACUCUCUACUGGGUGAAGACUGCAACGGCGGUGACACCGUCUGCCUCGACGCUUUGUUCCAGGAAUGUGGCUCCGAACUAAAAUGUGUGUGUCGGGCAGGGAACAAGGUGACCUCUGACGACAUUUUCGCUGCGCUGCCCUCCGCCGGGGAAUGUGUUCCUGAUAACCUACAAAUAGGACAAAGCAUAGACGACGCCGCGUGUGCGGAAACACCAGAAAGAGAGAAGGUUCCCGUGGGCGGAAUAUGUGUGCUCGACACCGAGUGCACGGGCAACGCAACAUGUGAGGCGAUUGGGUGUGUGAAGAAAUGCACGUGUCCCCAGGGCACAUCAGCAGCAUUGGACAAGACAGCGUGUAAAGAUGUACGUUCUUUGGGAGACGACUGCGACCCCGAAGCAACUGUGUGCGCCACCCUGUACAGCCUCUGCUACAACGGCAAGUGUGCGUGCGAGGGCGGGUACGAGGACACGGGGAAGGGUCUGUGUAGGCCAGAGUCCUUGGCCCCCGAAGUCUACCUGGUCGCUACCAUCAACGAGACAUGCGGGGGCAUCACGGACUGCGAUGGAGGUCUGGUCUGUGGCACGGAGGGAAAGUGUGGCUGCAAGACCAAGUUCAGGGAGGUCAGCACGGACGAGCGUCUGCAGUAUGGUCUCAAGACUUACUGCAUCCACAGUGCCAUCCUAGCCAGUUUCACUGACGAACAGUUCGAUGAUAUAUGUGUACCGAAGCCUCCGGCACCAUCAAGUUCUGCAGCUCCAUCAAGUUCUGCAGCUCCAUCAGGUUCAGUGGCUCCAUCAAGUUCAGUGGCUCCAUCAAGUUCUGUGGCUCCGUCAAGUUCUGCCGCUCCAUCAAGUUCUGCAGCUCCAUCAAGUUCUGCGGCUCCAUCAAGUUCUGCAGCUCCAUCAAGUUCUGUGGCCCCAUCAAGUUCUGCAGCUCCAUCAAGUUCUGCGGCCCCAUCAAGUUCUGCGGCUCCCUCAAGUUCUGCGGCUCCUUCAAGUUCUGCAGCUCCAUCAAGUUCUGCGGCUCUAUCAAGUUCUGCGGCCCCAUCAAGUUCUGCAGUACCACCAAGUUCUGCAGCUCCAUCAAGUUCUGCGGACCCAUCUAGUUCUGCAGCUCCAUCAAGUUCUCUGGCUCCAUCAAGUUCUGCAGCUCCAUCAAGUUCUGCGGCCCCAUCAAGUUCUGCAGCACCACCAAGUUCUGCAGCUCCAUCAAGUUCUGCAGCCCCAUCUAGUUCUGCAGCUCCAUCAAGUUCUUCAGCUCCAUCAAGUUCUGCGGCCCCAUCAAGUUCUGCGGCCCCAUCAAGUUCUGCACCUCCAUCAAGUUCUGCACCUCCAUCAAGUUCUGCAGCUCCAUCAAGUUCUGCGGCCCCAUCAAGUUCUGCAGCUCCCUCAAGUUCUGCGGCCCCAUCAAGUUCUGCGGCCCCAUCAAGUUCUGCGGCUCCAUCAAGUUCUCUGGUUCCAUCAAGCUCUGUGGCUCCUUUGAACGAUGCUUCUUCCUCUAUCGCCCCUUCGCAAACGGAAGCUAGUUCUUCCCCUGCCAUGUCUCAGACCGAGGCUCUGACCUCUACUCCCGUGGCCACCAUCAGCGCCAGCUCGUCAGCUGACAUACAGCCCUCCUCCACAGCACAGCAGGCCAUGAGCAGUUCCGUCACAACACAAGCGCCGGUUCUCCCCAAGGUGUACGACGUUUGUGAGAAUGACACCACGUGCCCAGUGGACGCCUUGUGUAAGCUUGUCAACUGCACCGAGUAUCGCUGCCAGUGCAAGAAGGACUUCUCGCCCAACUCCGCGAGAACCGCCUGCUUCACAACGGCAGGACUCGGAGAAGCGUGUAGUGAAACAGUGUCAUGCAGAACUCCUGGCAGCGCGUGCAACACAAAUUUAAAAAUAUGCACGUGCGGAGCUCCUCUAACGGCGACGUCGGCUGACGGAAAGUAUUGCAUCAGGCCUGGUGUCAAACUCCUUUCCGAUGCUUGUCAGAUAGGAGAGUGUAUGGGUGUCCUCUCCUCUUGUACUGGCGGACAUUGCGACUGUGGCAAUUUUAGAGAAGCUACACCGGCUGAAAUUGAAAAUGAGCCGGACAUGUGGGAAGUGUUCGGACAAUGUCGCCAAGGUGCGGCGCCAGACACGACCCCUAGCGGAGGGACGACAGAAGAACUUCAGUGUCAACACCUUGUGCCCGGCAACUUCUGUACAUCCGACGUGCUGUGUCCCAAAGACGCCAGCUGUCUGGAGACUGAGGCUGGUUGUGGGAAGCGGUGCUGGUGUGAUAUCGGCUUCGCCCCCGACAGCGACGUCCCAACCAAGUGCAUACCAGUUGUCCAGCUGUCAGAACCUUGCCAGGACGGUAAGCAGAAGUGUGGUGGGAUAGCCACAUUCUGUAAGAGCGGGACAUGCACGUGCAUCCCGCCAUCUUACGAACCCUCCAACGACGGUAAACGUUGCCGCUUGAAGGUGCCAUCCAUCACGUUGUCGUUGCUAAGAGAACCAUGUGACUUUGCUUCAUUGAUGUUUUGUGCCAAUAAGUACGAACAGGUGUGCAAUCCAUCAACCAAGGUGUGCGAGUGUCGGGCCGGCUACAGGGAAGCGACUGAUCGGGACUACCUUGCACAGUACCCAAGUGGCGCGCAGUGCCGGAAAAACGACCAGGAAGAUGGGUACCGACCAACCUUGACCUGUCAUGAACAGCCCGUUGCCUUGGUGCAGGAAACCCCAGAUUUCUCGGAAGAGCAAGCCAUGGCAGCUGGUGCCGGUCAGGGAGGCGUCGUGUUGUAUGUCAUGGUACCCACCGUCCUCUCCAUCUGCGUCCUCGCUGCCGCCUUCACCAUCGCCAGAUACAGACGACGUCUGCGUCUCCGUCAGCAGCUUGAUGAAAUGUCCUCUGUGACCAGUGAGGAGGCGGGCUUCCAGAUACCCAGACCCUCCCUCAAGCUGUUCCGGGGGGACAGGAAGUGGACUGGGCAGGAAUCAGCAUUCAGGAACCCAACAUUCGGGGGGACAGCCUCUUAAAGGCGUAUCAACUACUCAAUCGAUGUCAAAAUUGAAAUCACUGUAAUAUAAUUCUGCAAAGCAUUUUACAUCAAAGUAUUUUUACGUCAUAAAAAGUUCUAUCCAUGUUGGUAUGUUUGAUAUCUUUGACUACUUUUUUAAACAGAUGCUGGACUUUUUUCAAGUGUUAUCAGCUCAUUAAUUAGUUACGUUUGUUAACCCGACUAGAUUGGUCCACUAGACAAAGAUUGUUUAGGAGCUGCUCCAGAAUGAUACACUUCCUCUGGGCAGCUGGAGAAGAAAUAAAAUAUAUUUUUACAUAACUGA